UUUGAAUAACUACAAGGUCGUUGGAACCCCUUUAAAAGCUAGCGACUUGAUUUGACUCAAGGUACGCCGGAGAAGCACCUCCUCUUCGCUUGUUUUUUCGCACAUUCGGUUCUGACGAUGCAGAUGAUACUGCUGUUGUCCAUCUUUGCUGCAUCUCUUAUUCCUGAGUCUGUCAGGGCACAGGAUGUCAUCACUGUUUGUCGUGGUGAGGCCGAUCUUGCAUUUCUAGUUGAUUCGUCAGACAGCCUUGGGGAAGCUGAUUUUAGAACUGAAAUGAAUUUUGUUUCAAGUAUGAUCCGUGGUUUUGAUAUUGGCCCGGACAACGUCAGAGUUGGAAUGGUGACAUUUUCAUCGUCUUCGGACUUGCGCUUUAAGUUAAAUGAACACCUAACACAGGCUGGUCUCCUUAAAGCAGUUGAUGGUGUCCCGUUUACACCUGGGGCUACAGCUACGCAUCUUGCUCUUAGCCGUGCGAGAUUACAGCUAUUUGUCCCACCUGGUGACAGAAGAGGCAUUGUCAACGUCGCUAUUAUACUGACUGAUGGCGCGUCUACGUUCCCUGACAGAACCAAAAUAGCUGCCGAAAUGCUGAAGAGGCAAGCCGUGGUGUACGCUAUUGGAAUUGGUAAAGAGCUAAAUGAGGAUGAGCUUGCUCUGAUGGCCACAGAUUCAGACAAAGUCUUCAUUGUCACCAGUUUUGAACAACUGUUGCAGUUCAGAUCUAGAAUUGCAGACGCCAUCUGCACAAGCGUUGUGACAUUAUUGCCAAACACCACCACAACAACAACAACUCCAAGACCUACUACCACCACUCGCGAACCUACCACCACUACCCGAAGGACCACUACAACCAGGGCUCCAACAACCACAACUACUCCAACGACCACCACUCCUUACGUGCCUCCAGAUUUUGUCGAUAUCGACGAGCACUGCGGCAACUGUGUUGUCAAUGGUGGUCCUCUGACCGAAAAUGGAGCCCUUGGAUAUGUACUGAAUCCCUACAGCUGUACGUCCUAUUGGGUGUGUAUCAGACGUCCCGAGAGAGGCCCAGACGGCUGGAUGUAUGAUGUUAUUGAACGCAACUGCUCAAUCGGAACAGUGUGGGACCAAGACAUGCAAACAUGUGCCCGUUGUGACGAUCCAAGAGCAAUCUGCAAAGGUACCGCACCUAAGCCACCCAUGGGUACUCCACACUGUCCAUUCCCCGCCCAGAAGACGACUACACCGCCUGACAUAGUCCCCGACUAUACAUUAGACCAGGAAUGCACAGACGGUGUUGGCAAUACAAUGGUGAAUGUGAUAGAGGAUGUGGCAAUAUAUUAUAUUCGCUAUGGGCCAGAUAACGUGGUAGGACCAAUUUCCUGCUUCCCAUACAACUUUAGUAUCAGUGCCUGCAGAUGUGAAGCGCCAGAAAACUUGGGUAUUAUCUUUCCAUACGAAGUAGAUUUUGCCUCAAUUGGCAGAAUUGCAUAUUCUGAACCCAGUGAGUCGGGAAACGUGACGCUGUGCUCAGACUACCUCCCUGAUGGCGUGACCCGGGUAUCUGCAGUGGGAGAAUCUGCCGUGUGUCUGGACGGACGAGGUCACGUUGAAAUGCCGUCUUUCAAGAACAGUCCCCCUCAGACACCGUUCACCAUUCAUUUCUUCUACUGGCUUGAUAAUGACGCGGAAACGGCCGGCAGAAAGAUUGCUCUCCUCAACAACGGCAAAUGUGAUAUUCCACCAUCUAUUGACAUCUUUUAUUCUAAUGGCGCUAUUGGUGUCAGCAUGACAACAGUCAAUGGAACAUACCAAAUUGAUCCUGUAGGAGUGAACAAAGGCGCUCAGGGUCGUUGGGUUUGUGUGGUAAUGACAUACAACAAACAUCGCAUGAUCUUGUAUCUGGACGGCCAAGAAGUAGAGAGAGUUAAGGCAAAAGGUGAAAUGAAGCGAACAGAAUCAGCGUGGGUCCUUGGUAACAACUGUUUUGAAGAUGAGACUAUUGACACCUUUGAUUCUAACUUUAAAGGCCGAUUUGAUCAGGUUUCCGUGUACAACAGGAUCCUGGGAGAAGACGAGAUCCAACGAAUCUGUACAAUCUAAGCGGCAGAUUCAGGCAUUACGGCACAGAUGACUUAAGUCUGUUUCAUUACACCAUGAUACAGGCAAGUUCGUUCUCUUUUUAUAAUUAUGAGCAUUUUGGACAGUCCUUAACCAUCAUGUUAUCUGAUGGACAUCGAGCAUUUAUCUUUAUAUAUAUUGUUGACAUUUGGCAGAAACUAUUCCAAUUUGUUUAAUUACUAAAUGGACAAUUAAAGUCGAUAUGACUAUCUAAAGCAUUGCUUAAGGCGUUUUGGCCAGGAAAAACCGUCACUUUCAAAUGACCACUAGACAACGACAGAUUGAGGAAAUGACAGUAAUUAGCCAGUCCGCAGGAGGCUUGUUCCAUAAGGUCUACAAUUGCUUCAUGAGAUGCAUAGAUUUAACAUAUUUGAAGAUUCGCUUAAUUUAAUGAUGCUAUUGAAAUAAAGAUAUAUGAAAAUUGUCA